AUGAGACUGAGAAAACGGAGGAAAGCUCAAGUGAGUGGAUGGAGAUUGAUGCGUAGGUGCUUGGUGUUUUUCACCGCCAUAUGCGUGGUGCCCGUUUUACUAGUACUGAUGGUCGCUACCGAUCAUUACAUGCAACCCGUCAAGCACCGGACGAACUUCGUACAACGCCAGACGAACGAAGGGGAGAACAAGCUGCCGGUCGAGCCGGUGCUCAACGAAAACAUGUCGCUGGUGGGCAAGCGAUUGGAAAAGAGGCGACAACACCUGAGGAAAACAUGCAAACUUUUGGGACUCGACCGGCCGGGAAACGACACCCUCCACAGGCCCAACGCUUGGGAAUUCUUCGUCGACAAUAAACACCAUUUGAUUUGGUGCAAUAUUUUUAAGGCCGCGAGCACGUCGUGGAUGUACAAUUUUAAUAUUUUAGCAGGGUACAGUCCGAGGUUUUUGAAGAAGAGCAAACUAGUGCCUAUGACGUUGGCGAGACAACGAUACCCCAGGCCGUCUCUUCAGGCUCUCCGAAAGGCUUUUAACACGUCUAUAUCAUUUCUCAUAGCCCGCCAUCCAUUGGAAAGGCUCCUUUCCGCUUACAGGGACAAGCUUCAAUACGCACUACCGCACACUCACCACAAGAAAUUAGGCAACGAGAUCAUCGUCAAAUACAGAUUCAAGAAGAAUAAGAAACCAGUGGGAAUGGCGAACCAGCGAACGCCGACGUUUGCCGAAUUCGUGGAGUACCUGGUGGACGUGGUGAAGAAGGGCGAGGAGCUCGACAUGCACUGGGCACCGAUCGUGGAGUUUUGCACGCCGUGCAUGUUCAAUUUUCAGAUAAUAGCGCACACGGAGACCCUCCAGGAGGACCAAACGUACUUGAUCAAAAUGGCGAGGUUGGAGCAUUUGAUACAGCCCGAAUGGAAGAACGCCGGUCGGGGGGCCACGCAGAAUCAAAUCAGCAAGUACUAUUCGGAGUUGACGAGGUCGCAGAUUUUUCAACUCUACCAUAUUUACAGGUACGAUUUCGAAUUAUUUAACUACACGUUAAAUGGUUACUUGGAGUAUGGGAUACCAGAUAACGAUCCGUCAUCUCUACUAGCAGCUAUAAGUAUGAAAGAUUUUCAGCAAAACGAUUUACCCAAAGUGUACUGA